CAGCGCCGCCGGACGGACUCCGCCGGAAUCCUGCGGUCCUCGGCCUCCCACCCCCGACUGCCUCCACCCCUUCUCCCACCGCGCCGGCGGCCUCCUCUACUCUCCGUUCACGACACGCCCCCCCUUCGUCGCCGGCGUCGACGGCUCCCGGCAACUCCCCCCCACAGCUUAGAAACCCUAAACCCCCGGAACGAAUUCGCAGCCCCUCAAGACCUCAGUCCUCAGGCGAUGCAUCUCACUCUCGAAUUCGGGGGCGGGCUGGAGCUUCUCCUGGAGAACUCCACCAAGGUGCACAAGGUGGAGGUCCCGCCCAAGGACGGCGAAGGCAAGGUUACGAUGAAGGGUUUGCUCUCCUGGGUCAAGGCCAAUCUGAUCAAGGAGCGCCCGGAGAUGUUCGUCAAGGGAGAUUCCGUAAUACCUGGGAGACCAUUCAGCCCUGAGCUAGGAGGCCUGGGGUUCUUGUCCUUGUAAAUGACUGCGAUUGGGAGCUGUGUGGUGGUCUUGAUGCGGAGUUGGAAGAGAAGGAUGUGGUGGUUUUCAUAUCCACUUUACAUGGUGGUUAGUUUAAUUAUCGGGAUGUUACAUCUUAUGAUUUUUCUGAUAAUCGCAUCUUGUAUCAUGUUGGAAAAGGAUUGCAAGUCGUGGAACUGAACCUGAUGAUAUCAAUAUCAUGAAACUAUAGUUCCAUUUUCCUGAUUGAAACACAGUCACGGAAUAUUGUACACAACUGAUCAUGUAUUUGCAAUACUGCUGCGCUACUCCUUGUAUUGCUGUAUACAUAUGUGGAUGGUCAAGUGACCGUAUUUUAGCACUGUUCCUUCAUGACUAUGGAGUUAUCCUAAAAGUGAACAGUUUCGAUGUA